UUUUCCGCCAGAUAAUAGGAAAUGUAACUUUGAAAAUUUUCGGACACUACCAGCUGCAUCACGACUUGCUAAAGAAUACGAGUCGAACGCCACAACAAACCUGCCAUUCUCGUGCGAUUGCUUGAUUCUGAAGCUCAGAAUUGUCGUUAUAAAGUUGGAUCUAAGUUGAAUCAAUGCAACAUCUUUACUUUAGGACAAACAGUGAAGGAGUAACCUCUUAAUAAGAAAACCAAACUACUUUUUUGAAUCAGAUUUUCUCAAGGCCAUGGAGGAUUCCAUUACACAGUUCUGUGAUGGUGUAGCUCGAUUCUGCAACCACCUUGAAUCCAGCUCAGCCGCCCUCCUCCAGUCUGUCAACCGCCGCUCCAUCCCUUUCGAUUCUGCUUCAUUAUCAUUUGUGCAAUGCCUGAACCGAAGAGUAUCAACUGCCACCAGUGACCUCAACCUCCUUGAGUCCAUGUCCUUUGACACUGUCUCAUUUGAGGAGUUGCUUGGACACUGCAAUGAGGUUUACAAAAACAAUCAAAAUCAAAUUCUUCAACUUGAGGAUCACCUUUCUGCUUUUGGAUAUGUUCCUGAAGUGGAGAUUGAUGAACCUGAAGAGGACUUCAUAGAUUCACAACCAAAUACUAGUUUGGAUUUCAAGAACACCAUGGAAGAUGAUUCUUUAUUUGAAGAUACACUGAGUUUGCAGAAUCUUGGGAUUUCAAAUGCUUCUCUUGCCACUAUUGUAUCUGAAGGUAACAAAAAGAUUGAGAUGGAUGGAUUAUAUGAGCCAGAAAUAGAUAUCCCAGAAGUAGAAAAUGAACGAAAUGAGUUGAAGCCAUUUCAAGAUUCUAAAUCUCUAAUAUGUGUACCUAAAGAUGCUUAUGAAAGUCUUCCUUCAUAUAUGAAAAGUUUAGCAUCAUGGGAGGAUUUGAUUCAUGCUGUUGAGAAGAUGAACUUAAGUCUGGAAACCAAGAAUGGAAAUUUCUUCACUCAAGAUGAAGUUUCAUUACUGGAAUUAGGGCAUAAAACAAGAUCGUAUUUGCUGUUAUUGGUGAAGAUGAAUUGCAUAGUUGUGGAGACCAUUGAUGGGUUGAUUUCUUAUAGAGUGUUGUAGGCACUCACUCUUACUAGGCAGAGGGAGAAUUAUCAAUAAUUUGUGUGUUAAAAGAGUGGCUAUAAAUAAGCAAUAUUUGUGACAUUUUGAGUGUGUGUGUGUGUGUGUGAGAGAGAGAGAGAGAGAGAGAGAGAGAGAGAGAGAGAGAGAGAGAGAGAGUGUUUUUAAGAAGGUGAAAGCCACAUUGGCUUUUUGUGAUAAAACAUCUUCAUUUUUAGGUGAUGUCAAAUCAACAUCAUAUUGUGAAUUAAGUUUUUUAUUAUCUUUUAGUAUAUGAAUGUUUUAAUUUUACAUUCUUA